CUCGCCAUAUGAUCCGAGACGAGCAGUUUCGUUGCAACCGCGACGCAGAAGAAGGCCAUUAGUCCUUCUAGCCAUUGACAAGAUGGCCGCGUCCGACUCGAAAGCUCCGAUAAGGACUGUAAAAAGAGUGCAAUUUGGCAUAUUAUCACCAGAUGAAAUACGGCGUAUGUCGGUUACUGAUGGAGGCAUACGUUUUCCGGAAACAAUGGAAGGUGGUAGACCAAAAUUGGGUGGUCUUAUGGAUCCAAGACAAGGUGUCAUUGAUCGUAAUUCACGUUGUCAAACAUGUGCUGGUAACAUGACAGAGUGUCCUGGUCAUUUUGGUCAUAUUGAUUUGGCUAAACCAGUAUUCCAUGUUGGUUUCAUAACAAAAACAAUAAAAAUAUUAAGAUGUGUAUGUUUUUAUUGCUCAAAGUUACUUGUAACUCCAUCAAAUCCAAAAAUCAAAGAAAUUGUUAUGAAAACUAAAGGACAACCACGUAAAAGAUUGACAUUUGUAUAUGAUUUAUGUAAAAGUAAAAAUAUAUGUGAAGGUGGUGAUGAAAUGGAUAUAAAUAAAGAUGGACAAGAUCAACAACAACAACAGGGUGAUCGUAAACCUGGACAUGGUGGUUGUGGUAGAUAUCAACCAAAUUUAAGACGUUCAGGACUUGAUGUAUCAGCUGAAUGGAAAAAUAUCAAUGAAGAUUCACAAGAAAGAAAAAUAGUGUUAACUGCUGAAAGAGCAUGGGAAAUAUUAAAACACAUUGACGAUGAAGAAUCAUUUAUACUUGGUAUGGAUCCAAAAUUUGCCAGACCAGAUUGGAUGAUUGUAACAGUAUUACCAGUACCACCAUUAUCAGUACGUCCAGCAGUUAUUAUGUAUGGUUCAGCUAAAAAUCAAGAUGAUUUAACACAUAAAUUAUCUGAUAUUAUUAAAUCAAAUAAUGAAUUAUUAAGAAAUGAACAAUCUGGUGCAGCAGCACAUGUUGUUGCUGAAAGUAUUAAAAUGUUACAAUUUCAUGUUGCAACACUUGUUGACAAUGACAUGCCAGGUAUGCCAAGAGCAAUGCAAAAAUCUGGUAAACCAUUAAAAGCAAUAAAAGCAAGAUUAAAAGGCAAAGAAGGAAGAAUACGUGGUAAUUUAAUGGGUAAACGUGUUGAUUUUUCAGCACGUACUGUUAUUACACCAGAUCCAAAUUUACAUAUUGAUCAAGUUGGUGUACCACGUAGUAUUGCACAAAAUUUAACAUUUCCUGAAAUAGUUACACCAUUUAAUAUUGAUAAAAUGCAAGAAUUAGUACGUCGUGGUAAUGCACAAUAUCCUGGUGCAAAAUAUAUAUUACGUGAUAAUGGUGAACGUAUUGAUUUAAGAUUUCAUCCAAAAUCAUCUGAUUUACAUUUACAAUGUGGUUAUAAAGUUGAACGACAUAUACGUGAUGGUGAUUUAGUUAUAUUUAAUCGUCAACCAACAUUACAUAAAAUGAGUAUGAUGGGUCAUCGUGUUAAAGUGUUACCAUGGAGUACAUUUCGUAUGAAUUUAUCAUGUACAUCACCAUAUAAUGCUGAUUUUGAUGGUGAUGAAAUGAAUUUACAUGUACCACAAUCAAUGGAAACAAGAGCUGAAGUUGAAAAUAUACAUGUUACACCACGUCAAAUAAUAACACCACAAGCAAAUAAACCAGUUAUGGGUAUUGUACAAGACACCUUGACAGCUGUUAGAAAAAUGACAAAACGUGAUGUAUUUAUUGAAAAAGAACAAAUGAUGAAUAUAUUAAUGUUUUUACCAAAUUGGGAUGGUAAAAUGCCACAACCAUGUAUAUUAAAACCUAAAUUAUUAUGGACUGGUAAACAAUUAUUUUCAUUAAUAAUACCAGGUAAUGUUAAUAUGAUUAGAACACAUUCAACACAUCCAGAUGAAGAAGAUGAUGGUCCAUACAAAUGGAUAUCACUUGGUGAUACUAAAGUUAUGGUUGAACAUGGUGAAUUAAUAAUGGGAAUUUUGUGUAAAAAAACACUUGGUACAUCAGCUGGUUCAUUGCUACAUAUAUGUAUGUUAGAAUUAGGACAUGAAGUAUGUGGUCGUUUUUAUGGUAAUAUUCAAACAGUUAUUAAUAAUUGGUUGCUGUUGGAGGGUCAUUCAAUUGGUAUUGGUGAUACAAUUGCUGAUCAAGAUACAUAUUCUGAUAUUCAAGCAGCAAUUAAAAAAGCUAAAGAAGAUGUCAUUGAAGUUAUACAAAAAGCACAUAAUAUGGAAUUAGAACCAACACCUGGUAAUACAUUACGUCAAACAUUUGAAAAUCAAGUUAAUAGAAUAUUAAAUGAUGCUCGUGAUAAAACUGGUGGUUCAGCUAAAAAAUCACUAACUGAAUAUAAUAAUUUAAAAGCUAUGGUUGUAUCUGGUUCAAAAGGUUCAAAUAUUAAUAUAUCACAAGUUAUUGCUUGUGUUGGACAACAAAAUGUUGAAGGUAAAAGAAUACCAUUUGGUUUUCGUAAAAGAACACUACCACAUUUUAUAAAAGAUGAUUAUGGUCCAGAGUCAAGAGGUUUUGUUGAAAAUUCAUAUCUUGCUGGUUUAACACCAUCUGAAUUUUAUUUUCAUGCAAUGGGUGGUCGUGAGGGUCUCAUUGAUACUGCUGUUAAAACAGCUGAAACUGGUUAUAUACAACGUCGUUUAAUAAAAGCUAUGGAAUCUGUUAUGGUACAUUAUGAUGGUACUGUUAGAAAUUCAGUUGGACAAUUAAUUCAAUUACGUUAUGGUGAAGAUGGUCUAUGUGGUGAAACAGUUGAAUUUCAAAAUUUACAAACAAUUAAAUUAAGUAAUAAAGCAUUUGAAAAAAAAUUUAAAUUUGAUCCAACAAAUGAAAGAUAUUUACGUCGUAUAUUUACUGAAGAUAUUGUACGUGAAAUGAUGGGUUCUGGUGAAGUUAUAUCUGAACUUGAACAUGAAUGGGAACAAUUGAAUACUGAUCGUGCUGUAUUAAGAGAAAUAUUUCCAUCUGGUGAAUCAAAAGUUGUGUUACCAUGUAAUUUACAAAGAAUGAUAUGGAAUGUACAAAAAAUAUUUCACAUUAAUAAACGUGCACCAACUGAUCUUAAACCAUUGAGAGUUAUACAAGGUGUUAAAAAUUUAUUAGAUAAAUGUAUUAUUGUUGCUGGUGAUGAUCGUUUAUCAAAACAAGCUAAUGAAAAUGCAACAUUAUUAUUUAGAUGUCUUGUACGUUCAACAUUAUGUGCUAAAAAUGUAUCUGAAGAAUAUAGAUUAUCAUCAGAGGCAUUUGAAUGGUUAAUUGGUGAAAUUGAAACACGUUUUCAACAAGCACAAUGUGCACCUGGUGAAAUGGUUGGUGCAUUAGCUGCACAAUCACUUGGUGAACCAGCAACACAAAUGACAUUAAAUACAUUUCAUUUUGCUGGUGUAUCAUCUAAAAAUGUAACACUUGGUGUACCACGUCUAAAAGAAAUUAUAAAUAUAUCAAAAAAACCAAAAGCACCAUCAUUAACUGUUUUCUUAACUGGUGCUGCAGCACGUGAUGCUGAAAAAGCUAAAAAUGUAUUAUGUCGUCUUGAGCAUACAACAUUAAAAAAAGUUACAGCAAAUACAGCAAUAUAUUAUGAUCCAGAACCACAAAGAACUGUCAUUGCUGAAGAUCAAGAAUUUGUUAAUGUUUAUUAUGAAAUGCCGGAUUUUGAUCCACAAAAAAUUUCACCAUGGUUGCUACGUGUUGAGCUAGAUCGUAAAAGAAUGACUGAUAAAAAAUUAACAAUGGAACAAAUUGCUGAAAAAAUUAAUCAAGGUUUUGGUGAUGAUUUAAAUUGUAUAUUUAAUGAUGAUAAUGCUGAAAAACUUGUAUUACGUAUUAGAAUUAUGAAUAAUGGUGAAAAUAGCAGUAGUAAUAAAUUUAAUGAUAAUCAAGAAGAAGAUGUUGAUAAAAUGGAAGAUGAUAUGUUUUUACGUUGUAUUGAAGCAAAUAUGUUGAGUGAUAUGACAUUGCAAGGUAUUGAAGCUAUUGGUAAAGUAUAUAUGCAUUUACCACAAACAGAUGCUAAAAAACGUAUUAUAAUAACUGAAACUGGUGAAUUUAAAGCUAUUGCUGAAUGGUUAUUAGAAACAGAUGGUACAAGUUUAAUGAGAGUAUUAAGUGAAAGAGAUGUUGAUCCAAUAAGAACAUUUAGUAAUGACAUUUGUGAAAUAUUUAGUGUAUUGGGUAUUGAAGCUGUACGUAAAUCAGUUGAAAAAGAAAUGAAUGCUGUAUUACAAUUUUAUGGUCUUUAUGUUAAUUAUCGUCAUUUGGCUUUGUUGUGUGAUGUUAUGACAGCAAAAGGACAUUUAAUGGCAAUAACACGUCAUGGUAUUAAUAGACAAGAUACUGGUGCAUUAAUGAGAUGUUCAUUUGAAGAAACAGUUGAUGUAUUAUUAGAUGCUGCAUCACAUGCUGAAGUUGAUCCAAUGAGAGGUGUAUCAGAAAAUAUUAUUAUGGGACAAUUACCGAGAAUUGGUACUGGUUGUUUUGAUUUAUUAUUGGAUGCUGAAAAAUGUAAAGCUGGUAUUGAAAUACCAAUGGCUGUUGGUGCUGGUGUUAUGGGCGGUGGUGGUAUGUUCUUUGGUAAUGCUGCAACACCAAGUAUGUCACCACAAAUGACACCAUGGUCACAAACUGGUGCAACACCAGCAUAUGGUGCAUCAAUGUCACCAUCACUUGGUUCUGGUAUGACACCUGGUGGUGCAUGUUUUUCACCAUCUGGUGCAUCUGAUGCAUCUGGUUUAUCACCAGCAUAUUCAGCAUAUUCACCACAACCUGGUAGUCCUGGUAGUCCAGGACCAAGUAUGUCACCAUAUCCAAUGUCACCAGGUGGUGCUAGUGGUAUUGGUAGUGGUAGUGGUGCUGGUGGUGCAUCACCAUCAUAUUCACCAACAUCACCGGCAUAUUUACCAACAUCACCAUCAAUGACACCAUCAAGUCCAAAUUAUUCACCUACAUCUCCAUCCUACAGUCCAACAUCACCAAAUUAUUCACCAACAUCACCAUCCUACAGUCCAACAUCACCUGGUUAUUCACCAACAUCACCAUCUUACAGUCCAACUUCACCUUCCUACAGUCCAACAUCUCCUUCAUAUUCACCAACUUCACCAUCCUAUAGUCCAACAUCUCCAUCUUACAGUCCAACUUCACCAUCCUACAGUCCAACAUCACCUGGUUAUUCACCAACAUCACCAUCUUACAGUCCAACUUCACCUUCCUACAGUCCAACAUCUCCUUCAUAUUCUCCAACAUCACCAUCUUAUAGUCCAACAUCCCCAUCUUACAGUCCAACAUCUCCAUCAUACUCACCAACAAGUCACAGUUAUUCACCAACGUCACCUGGAUAUUCACCAAGUUCACCAAAUUAUACACCAGCGUCGCCAUCAUUUUCACCGACUUCACCAUCAUACUCACCAAGUUCACCACAAUACAGUCCAGCAAGUCCAUCAUAUUCACCAAGUUCACCAAAAUAUUCACCAACAUCACCGUCGUAUUCACCAACAUCGCCAUCAUAUGCUGGUGCAUCACCACAAUAUACACCACAAAGUCCAACUUAUUCACCUACAUCACCCUCAUAUUCACCAACGUCACCAUCAUACUCACCAAGUUCACCACAACAUACAAGUGGUGAUGGUGGUGCUGGUGGCAGCGGUGGAGGAGGUCCAGGAGGUCCUGGUGGAAGUGGUACAAGAUAUUCACCAUCAAGUCCAAACUAUUCACCAUCAAGUCCAAAUUAUUCACCAUCAAGUCCACAAUAUUCACCAUCCAGUACCAAGUACUCACCAACAAGUCCAGCUUAUUCACCACCUGUACAAGGCUAUUCUCCAACUAGUCCAACAUACUCACCUGCUUCACCUGCAUAUGAGACUGAGGAUUAAUUUUUUUUUAUAAAUAAUUAUAUGAUAAUUUAUAUUAUAUUAUAAUAUAUAUAUAUUGAUAAAUAUUAAUCUCAUUUAUUAUUAUCAAUU